GUGGUUAGUUACUACAUUUCCCAUGAGAACCCGCUCGGUUGAACUACGCAAGACAACAUGGCGGGAAUCGGAGCUUUCCUGAAGAAUGCAUGGAAUAAAGAGCCUGUUAUCUUGGUCUCCUGUGCGAUUGGAGUGAUGGGUGUUGCUCUGCCAUUCAUCAGCCCCAUCACAAAGUAUACAGGAAUGAUCAAUUCAGCUGUGCCAUACAACUACCCAGUUCCUGUGCGAGACGAUGGAAACAUGCCUGAUGUCCCUGUUCAUCCAUGUGAACCCAAAGGAAAUAACCUGGAAUGGCUUAAAAAGCUAUAACUUCACAUUCUCACAAUCAACACCUUUGCUUUUCCUCUGUCUACAUAGCUGCUCCACUUAUCAAUGUCCUGCAAUAAAGACUGUCUAUUUAAUACUA